UAAUUCGAAAUCAUCAUGUCUUCAGUGGAAAAAUUAAAACAAAGACUGAUGCAUUUUUGCAUAGCAAUCACAUUCUUCACAUCGGGAUUAAUUAUAAAUUUUAUCCAAUUAAUACUGCAUUUUACCCUGAAACCAUUUAACAAAUGGCUCUUCCGUAGAAUUAUGUACUAUUUGUGCUAUUCUCUAUAUUCACAACUGAUUUUUGUUGCCGACUGGUACUCAAAUAGUAAAGUCCAUGUUUACAUGGAUGCCGAAGAUGAGAAAAAAUAUUGUGGCAAUGAACAUGUCUUGCUCAUCAUGAAUCAUUCAUAUGAAAUAGAUUGGCUGGCCGGAUGGAUGUUUACCGAAAAGGCUCGUGUGCUGGGCAAUUGCAAGGCAUAUGCCAAAAAAGUAAUUGCCUAUGUACCCGUUAUCGGCUGGGCAUGGAAAUUUGCCGAAUUUGUCUUCUUGGAGCGUUCGUACGACAAGGACAGGGAAAUUAUUGCACGCCAGUUGAAGGAAGUGUUUGCCUAUCCAGAUCCCACUUGGCUUUUGUUGAAUGCCGAGGGCACACGUUUCACUGAGAAGAAACACGAGGCUUCCGUUAAAUUUGCCCAGGAACGUGGUAUGACCGUAUUGAAACAUCAUUUAAUACCCCGCACAAAGGGUUUCACCGCCAGUUUGGAAAGCUUGCGUGGACGUUGUCCAGCCAUAUACGAUAUUAAUUUGGCUUUCAAAAAAGAUGCUGUGAAUCCACCAACAAUAUCAACACUCUUAAAUGGCAAACCUGUUGAAGGCUUUAUGUUUGUACGUCGUAUACCAUUGGAACAAGUCCCAGCCGAUGAAGAGAAGGCUGCUGCAUGGUUACAAAAUCUUUUCGUUGAAAAAGACAGAAUUAUUGAUAGUUUCCACACUACGGGUAGUUUCUUCAAAACAUCGGGUAUGAAAGAAACAGCAUGUAAAGUAUAUCCCAAACGAUUAUGUUCCCUCGUCAACUUUUUGGCAUGGGCCGUGUUUUCGAUAUCUUUGAUAAUGUACUACUUGUUAUCCUCGUUGAUUUUGAAGAAUUGGAUUGGCUUGUCAAUUGCUAUUUCCGUCCUAGUUACAUUUUAUGUAUUCAUGGUUAAAGCUAUCAAUAUGUCGAAAAUUAGCAAAGCGUCAAGUUAUGGAGCUGAUGUCAAAAAGUCAAACUAAUAAUGUUGUGGCAUU